AUGAAGUAAGCAUUAAAAGCAAAACUUGAAUAGUAAAAAGCUAUGUUCAGAAAAUCCUAAAAUUUAAUUGAAAUGGGAUUCAAUUUAUUUUUGGUUUUAAGAAACUUUACAAAGAUGGAAAGAAUACAGGAAGCGUGGUAUAGUUUAUUAAUAUCUAGAGCUUGUUGUAUAUUAUCCAUUUUUAGGAGUAUGUUAGGAUUAUGAAAUUAAGACAACUCCAGAAAAACACUUCCAAUAUGAAAAUUAAUUUUUUGCAAAAGAAUAAGGCUCAGAAAAGGAGAACAUCAUCUAUGUAAUGGGAGGCAGAGUAAAAAAUUUGGAAUCAACCAAUUUAUUUGACAGAAUCCUAUUUCCUAAAGACCCUUUCACUUUAGAAAAAUAAGUUUCUGUCGAUUAUCUCCCCAAUAUACCAAAUGAUGCAUUCAACUAUUUGGGAGGGUGCUACAAUAAGUAUGAUUUUUGAUUAAUUUGAGUAAUAUCUAUAUCUUUUGUGGCCAAAGAAGAACUCUAGAUUAAUCAGGUAGAAUAACUGAUAAAAUUUUUGAUGUUGGGUAUACAUUUAAGAAUGGAUAAUGGAAUAAAUUAAAUGAGAAAGUUGAGAAAUGAUAUGAUGGCAGUUCUACAAUAAUGAAUCAUU